AUGUCCGAUGAUAACAUAGUAGGGAUAGAAUAUAAUAGAGUAACAAAUACUUCGUCAACAGACUAUCCAGGUCAUGAAAAUUCAAGUGGGAAAGAUUAUUCAUGGAAUACUGAUAAAUUUGCUCAAGAUUUUGAAAUAGUGGUGACAAAUUUAACUAAAAGAGAAGCAACAUUUGAUUUAAUACAUAUAGAUACAUCAAUAGCAAAUGCAUUUCGUAGAAUAAUGAUAGCAGAAAUUCCUAGUGUAGCGGUUGAAUAUGUGUAUUCAUUUAUGAAUACAUCAGUAAUACAAGAUGAAGUAUUAGCACAUAGAAUUGGAUUAAUACCAUUAGAUGUUGAUCCAGAUAUGUUAACUUGGGUAGAUAAAUCAAUUGAUGAAAAAGAUCGUUAUACUGAAGAUAAUACAAUAGUUUUAUCAUUAGAUGUAACAUGUUCAAGAAAUCUAAAUGCACCAAAAGAUUCAACAAAUCCAAAUGAAUUAUAUAAAAAUAGUAAUGUUUAUGCAAAAGAUUUAAAAUUUGAACCUCAAGGUUCACAAGUUGAAAAAUUUAAAAAUAAACCAGUUGUACCAACAGAUCCAAAUAUUUUAAUUGCAAAAUUAAGACCAGGUCAAGAAAUUUCAUUAAGAGCUCAUUGUGUAUUAGGUAUUGGAUCAGAUCAUGCAAAAUUUUCACCAGUUGCAACUGCAUCAUAUAGAUUAUUACCAGUAAUAGAUAUAUUAGAACCAAUAACAGGAGAUUUAGCAAAAAAAUUUCAAAAAUGUUUUCCAGUUGGUGUAAUUGGUAUAAAUAAACAAAAUGAAGCUUAUGUAAAAGAUGCAAGAAAAGAUACAGUAUCAAGAGAAGUUUUAAGACAUCCUGAAUUUGAAAACAAAGUUAAAUUAGGUAGAAAAAGAGAUCAUUUUAUUUUUAAUGUUGAAUCAACUGGUGCAAUGUCACCAGAAGAAAUAUUUUUUAAAAGUGUUAGGGUAUUGAAGAGUAAAGCUGAAUAUUUAAGAAAUUGUCCAAUUGGUCAAUAA